AUGUCGAAAUCGGACCAACGCCUUCAAGAUGAGGGCUCUCAGCUUCAAGUCGUCACCGCUGGGGCCACCGCCGGUCUAAUAUCCCGCUUCGUAGUCGCGCCCCUCGACGUCGUCAAGAUCCGACUGCAACUACAAUCGCACUCCCUCUCCGACCCGCUGUCCCAAGUCGACCUGCGCGGAUCGCCCAUCUACAAAGGCACGAUCGGAACGUUCCGCCACAUCGUAGCCAACGAGGGCGUCGCCGCGCUCUGGAAGGGCAAUGUUCCCGCCGAGCUGAUGUACGUCGCGUACGCGUCGAUCCAGUUCACGACAUACCGAUCCAUGACCCUGCUCCUCCACCGGGUCUUCGCGAAAGACGGGAGUGGAGGGAAUAGCACACAGAGCAGGCUCCCCAAAUCCGUCGAGUCGUUCAUCAGCGGAGCCUCCGCCGGCGCCACGGCCACCGCGGCUACGUACCCGCUGGACCUGCUGCGCACGCGGUUCGCCGCGCAGGGCAACGACCGCGUGUACGCGUCGCUACGGCACGCCAUCGCGGACAUAAACCGGGACGAGGGGAUCCGGGGGUUCUUCCGCGGACUCAGUCCUGCGCUAGCGCAGAUCGUGCCGUUCAUGGGGCUUUUCUUCGCCGUGUACGAGGGCGCGCGGCUGCCGCUCGGAAAAAUGGAUUUGCCUUGGGGCACGGGCGACGCGACGGCGGGUAUAAUCGCAAGUGUCGUCGCGAAGACGGGCGUGUUCCCGCUCGAUCUCGUGCGCAAGCGGAUACAGGUCCAGGGCCCGACGCGGAGCCGCUAUGUUCAUAAGAACAUACCCGAGUACGUGGGUACGGUGAGCACGGUACGCCAGGUAUUGCAUCGUGAGGGGGUUAGGGGGUUGUAUAGGGGGUUAACGGUGAGCUUGAUAAAGGCGGCUCCAGCGAGUGCGGUUACGAUGUGGACGUAUGAGCGGGUGUUGAAUUUGCUUAUUAGUCGGAGCGAGAAGGCUGGGACGGCGCAAUGA